GAAAACCAUUUCUUUUACUUUGAUCUCUUUCUCUUCUCUCGGCUGAAGCAAUGUCAUCUUCUUUUGCGCUAACGUUACAUAUUCCGUCGGUGGUGUCGGUGCGAAACACUAAACUACUUGGACGGAGUGUCAAAGAUUGCGGCCGGAAUAGGUCGGGACUUGCUAAGUUGUCGAGGAGCAGACGAGGCUAUGGUGUCUGUUGUAAGGCGGAGCUGUCGGAGCUAGCUCCAGCCGUAUCUGCUGGUUAUGGUGUUCUUCUUCUAGGAGGCGGUCUCUUCGCCUAUAGCAAAUCUGGAAGCAAGGGUUCUCUCUUUGGGGGUUUGACAGGCUCUGUCCUUAUGUCUUCUGCCUACUUCCUUACCAAAUCUCCUGAGACAAGAGUCCUUGGUGAUACCAUAGGACUUGCCUCUGCCUUCCUCUUCUCUUCUGUCUUUGGGUUUCGUUUGGCGUCUUCCCGGAAACCGGUCCCAGCAGGCCCGCUACUACUCCUUUCUAUCGCCAUGUUGUCCUUCUUUGUAAUGGCGUAUAUGCACGACAGUUUACCUGUGGCUGUAUCCGUACCAGAUGCUUUACCUCUACCUUAAGACGAUGAGAGCAUGGGCUAACCAGAUAGGAACGUUCUUAAAGUAUGAAUCAAAAAACUGUUUUGCUUUUGCCCCCACACCCAAUAAGUAGCAAAGCAUUGUGAGGCGAAUGUUGAGUGGAUAAUGUUUGUUUGUAGCUUUUCUUUGAACUUGAUUGAUCCAUGUUGAAUAAGAGAAAUGUUUGAAUAUUUGUGUGUGCGCCCACUUCUUCGAAUUACACGCUCAAGAUUAAGUGACGUACCAUUGGAUUAUAUGUUGAUCUAAGAACUACAAGUUUCUGCAACUUACAAAGGCCAGGUUGUUGGAAAACAAUCAGAAUCUACUAUUCAUUCAUACUAUAUAAGGUUAGAAGAAAUUAAGAAUGCACUUUCUUAUGUGUGUCCUAAUUGGCUUGAAUCUCUUGUGCUGAAGUAGUAUCAUCACCGACCAGUUCCUCUACUGGAUUCAUUUCAGACCAUGCAGCUGCAUCCGCGUAUCCUAACUCGAACAACUUCUCCAGCACCUCGUCCUCUGCUGGCUCCAG